CGCACGCAAGACACUAGUAAGAAAAGUUCAGCACCGUACUGUGGCGUUGGGACAAGUAGAAGUUGUACAAAUGGUCAUACAGGUCAAACCGAACUCCUCCAACAGCAGCAAAACAAUGGACGGAAGCCAGCAGAAAGUGGAAGCGAACAUUUUGCUACUUGGCGCUGAAAACGUGGGGAAAUCAGCGCUCACUGUGCGGUUCCUCACCAGAAGGUUCAUCGGGGAGUACGGCGAUAUAGAAUCCAUAUACAACCACAGCGACAAAAUCGACGGUCGGGAAAUCUCCUUCAACAUCUGGGACUCUCUGUACCCGCAGGACGGCGACUCGGCCGAGUCCGUGAGCGAGAAGCAGCUGCAGUGGGCCGACGGCAUCGUCAUCGUCUACAGCAUCUGCGACCGCGCCAGCUUCGAGGUCGCGCGCCGCCAGGUGCAGCUCAUCCGCCGGGCGAAGAAGGCGAGCGCGAGCGCGCCCGUCGUCAUCGUGGGCAACAAGCGCGACCUGCAGCACCAGCGCGCCGUGUCCGGCGAGGAGGGCCGCCUGCUGGCGCUGUCCUCCGACUGCGGCUUCUUCGAGAUCUCGGCCGCGGAGAACUACCACGGCGUGCUGCUCGUGUUCCACGAAGUGCUCGAGCUCGUCCGAGAGGCCCGCGCUCUGAAGAAAGGGACCGUGGGCAUCAAGGGCAUCGUGAGGAGCGUGUCGGCCGUGUUCGCCCGCAGGAGAGCCGAGUAGUAGCAGUAGGAGCGCCGCCGUGUUCUGUCCUGCACGACGCGAGUCGAGUGCGGAGCCUGCAGUAGCACUAGACUUUUCCAGAGCAGAUGACGUUCGUUGCGAAGAGCCGAGGGACAGAUGUCGGUCGGUCGCUCGCUCCACGGCACGUGGUGGACACUUUGAAGGGCUGCCCCGGCCUCCUAGCGCAGGAGAAGAGACGGUUCACGUAGGUGGAGAUUCCCAGAAGCCUUGGCGUAGAGGUUUGGCCACGCGGUUGCUGGACUGUGGGCUGGAGCUCAGGGGCUGUGACACUUGUUGCGAUGGGCUGUCGGUGGCCUGGUCCAGGGAAGCGUGCGGAAGCUGCCCGCGAUGCCUUUAGUGGGGAAGGCCAAAGUCGGGCAGCCUCUUCGGCCGCUUGUGGACAGUUCGCAAACGCUCAUUCGAUGAGCCGUCCACCAGCGGGAUGGAGACGGGCAUCUUUGUAUAGGGUAACAGGGUAUUGCACCUGGUAUGUGACCCUUAAUCCACAUAUUUAGUGAUGUACUACAAAAAAAAAAAAAAAAACAGGCACACUGUUGCUGUAUGGAAUGCAUUAACAUAUGUCUCUUGCUGAACUGGACAGGCGACGGUAAGGGUGCAAAUCCUAGAUGUCAGCUCACAGCACGUCGAUAUAAACCAUGAAGUCAAUUGGCUGCUCCCUACAAAUUGUGGGUGAUUAAACCCUAUUUUGCUACACGCAAUGUUUUGGUGCGAUUAAUGCCGACUCUGUCAAGGAUUGUGCUGCACCUGCAACCAUAUUUGUUCGGUUCUGCAGAUCAGGGCCGUUCAAGUGGAGGACCUGGGCGACAUCCAGCAGGUUCUCCAUCUCUCCUUAAGUGAGCUAAGCCUGUAAGGGCGUAAGUCAGGACCAUAAGUUUAACGAGAUGGUUCACUGCCUGCUUUCAGGUGGCCUUCCAGGAUUGAGUCUCAAAUACAAGUUAAGGUUUCCUUAACAAAAUAUAGGUAAAAAAAA